AGAAAAUACAACUUUGUGCUUGACAGUUUCAUGACCUGAGGAGGACAUCUGGAAAAAAACCUGGGAAAUUGUAUUUGGUAUUCAACAUCUAUCACUAGACAGUGAAUCUGAGGAAUAUAUUAAGUGUGAUGCCUGACAUCCUAAAAGAGAAAUUCCUUGGACUUCACAGAAAAAUAAUGGGGGAAUUGUUAGCUCUUGAACCUUCACUGUGAAUUAUGGAAGAGUCUGUUCCAACGUUAAUCACAAACUGCACAGCACUGAAUGAUGCAUCUAGUCUCUGGGAGCCUAUGCCUUCAGCUCCCAGCAUGCAGCUGGGCAUUCUGCCCAGUGCCCAGUCACGUCUCAAGGACCUAGUGGGGAUGUUUUUCAUGGUGACACUGAACUUUGUGGCUCUCCUGGCCAACACUGCUGUGCUGGUGGUGAUCGUAAAAGCGCCGCAUCUGAGGAAGUUUGCGUUCGUUGGCCACCUGUGUGUGGUGGACCUGCUUUGUGCCGUGCUGCUGAUGCCCCUGGGGAUCGUGACCAGCUCGCCAUACUUUGGCACGGUGGCAUUCACUGUACUGGAGUGCCAGGUCUACAUCUUCCUCAAUGUGUUCCUCAUCUGCUCCUCCAUCCUCACCAUCACUGCCAUCAGCAUUGAGAGGUACUACUACAUCGUGCACCCCAUGAGGUACGAGGUCAAAAUGACCUACAGACUGGCAGUUGCUGUGAUGGUCUUCAUAUGGUUCAAGUCCGUUUCACUAGCCCUGGUCACCUUGUUUGGCUGGCCAGCCUAUGGGAACAAGAGCUCCAUUAGUGCAGCCCACUGCUCCCUGCAUUGGAGUCACAGUGACUACAGGAAGGUCUUUGCCAUUGUGUUCACCGUGAUGUGUUUCUGCCUGCCGGCGUUGGUGAUCUUCACCGUGUACUGCCGGGUCUACAGGGUGGCCCGCAUGGCUGCACGCCAACAAGCCCCCCUCCCUGCCUGGGCCUCCAAACCCAAGCGGCGUUCAGACUCCAUCAACAGCCAGACUACCAUCAUCACCACCACCAGGAACGUGCCCCAGCGGCCCUACCCGGAGAGGAUCUUUGGGGGAGGCAAGGCGGCACUCACCCUGGUGGUGAUUGUGGGCCAGUUCCUGCUCUGCUGGCUGCCUUACUUCACCUUCCACCUGCACUUAUCCCUGAACUCCUCCUUACGCAGCCCUGAGGAUGUGGAGGGUACAGUUACCUGGCUGGCCUACUCCUCCUUCACUGUGAAUCCUUUCUUCUAUGGGCUCCUGAACCGGCAGAUCAGGGAGGAGCUGUGUAAACUACGGCGGUGCUACAGGGCUCGGUCUGUGGACCCGGCAGCUUCCAGCCACGAGGGCUCAGCCCAGGAGAACUUCCUCCAGUUCCUGCAGAGGUCCAGCUGCACAGCUGAGACCCGGUCCAGCUGCCUCAACUCCAGUCCCCGGAACACACUGGAUCCUAGCACCCCGAGUUUCAGAAUCCCUGGGCAGAUCCCAGAGGAAUUCUGCUGAAAUUCCAGGUCAGGUGGCACUGACCAUGUCUGCACUAUUGAGGCUGGUUCCGCUCCCUGCUGCUAGGAUGCUGCAGUGUUACACCUGAAGAAAAAAUCCAGGUGACAUUUUUGAAGUGCCCUGAACACUGACAGAUUCAGUGUUCCAAAACUUCAUCCCAAAAAAAACAUGAAUAUCCAUUCAAGUAACAAUGCCAUGUUUUCAAAAGGUUGACCUCUCUGCUAGGCCUUACAUAUUUUGUACAAAUAACACUAAUGAAUCAUUCAUUUGGAUGGUUGUUGGCCUGCAGUUUGGUUCAGACUGUUCUCUGUAUUAUUUGUAUUUGUACUUAAUGGAUAGGUCAUAGGUUCAUUUGAAUCUACAGUGGUGUGCAAAAAUGUGGUGCACCCCUGGUAAAAAAACCUUUUAGAAUUAAUGUCUAAGCGAAGUAACCUGACCUCUAAAUGGUAUAACAUUAAACAUGACACAUUUCUUCAAAUUUAGAAGCAAGAUUUAAAAGUUUAAAAGUAAAAAAUGUUUUAAGUAAAAAGGCCCUGUGCAAAAGUUUGGGAACCCUGUCAGUUAGUACUUUGUAACUCCUCC